AUGAAUAAAAUAAUAGUUUUUAUAGCAACUUAUAUGUCAGCGGUGUCAUCUGGACCGCCAGCAAAGAAUUAUAAGGACCAGUUCUGUGUUGACCCCCGCACGAUGGAAAAGCAUGAAGUGUACCAGGAAUGGGCUGAUGCGUACUCCUGCACGCGGCAUAGGUGCCAACCUGGUGGGAGAAACCUGGCCAUCUAUACCGUUGGAUGUAAACGAGUAGAAGCGCCUGAAUCAGCCAUUGAGUGUGAAGAAGUAGUAGAAGACACUAACAUGCAGUUUCCUUACUGUUGUACAAGACUCAGGUGCCUAGUGGUGGUUCGUGGUGAAGUUUGGACUAAAGUCUUGGGUCAACCGUGGGAAAGUCUACCAGCGGCACCAUGGAGCCACAUGUACAAGAUGAAGAAACCACCACCUAUUGAUGAACUUCCUAAGAACGCUGUCCAAGGUCCAAUAUAUGAAAUCCAGACGGAACACGAAGAAAAGGUAGACAAAGUCCUUCGUGCGUCAAAGAAAACAACGGAAAGUCCAGAUUGUCAAGAUAUGGUACCACGAGCAGCUGCAUCUCCCGAUAUUGUGAUUGCUUUGACAACUGGAAACGAUGAAAAGGAACACAAGCAAAUAGAAGCUCUAAGGCGCAAACGUCCACGUAAAAGUACGUCUAGUCCUUAUUUGGACGACAACGAUAAAGAACACAACUUGGAAGUUGAAGAUUCUGUCAAUGAAAAAGUGCCUGCUGAAUCCGAUGAAAAAUAUUUCGACCGUGACAUUGGAGUCACGCAGAAAAUAGGACAAGAGACGCAUCAAGGAUGGACGGCAUUACCGCACGACCAGUGGAAUGAACACGACGUUGUGGACAACACGGAACCACCUCAACUAGAUAGAGAUUCAGAAGACAGACCUGACAAGGCUACCGGUUUGCAGGCCUUAGUGGAUGCUAUCGGAAACCGAAUGCGAGACAUCGAAAAUGUAGUGCAGAAAAUGAGUGAGAAGGUCCACCAGAAAGUUGAACCGGCGUUCACCAGUUUGGAGACAAGGCCACAUGUAGAGGGUUCAGUAUCAAAACACCACGUUGCAGGAGAUCAGAAGGUGGAGUAUGAGAAACAAAAGAAACCGAGCCCAGAUUCGGAUUAUAAGCGUUUCUCAGUAAAGAAUCGAAGUCGGUACCUGGCUGGGAGCACGGAAACGCCUAUUGAACAGCCACUAUUCGUUGAGGACACUGUGGGGCAAGGCUACUUUAGCGACGCUAGUAACAGCAUAAUGAGAAGAAUUAACCCUCCGAAGGAACCAGCUACAUACAUGGCGCCUGUAGAAACUCGAAGGAAACACACGGACAGCGGAGACGAUAGUGAAAAGCAUAAGAAAAAACAUACGCAUAAGAAAAAACAUGGAAAGGGAAAAGGUCAUCACAAACAUCACGGAAAGGAUGACAAGAGGAAACAUUUCAACAAGCUGGCCUCAAAUGAACUGGAUAAAAACAUUGUUUCGCUAGAAGACAGUAGCACAAAUAAAUAA